AUGGCGGCCCAAGGAGAGCAGAUGAAGAGUUUGGAGACGCUGGAAUUCGGCAUGGGGUUCAGAAGCGGAGGAAUUGAGACAGGAGACGGUGCCGAAUUCUUGUAUUCGAAUGGCAUUAGCCUCUCUGCGGAUCGAAAUUUCCGUAACGCCAACUUCAAGGCCUUCCAGCAGCAAAUUCAUAUGUUCGAAGAACUUGGUGGCCGUGAUUUAGGUGGAGAAUUGGGGUCUCGGGCCAUGUUGCAGAAUCGGAGAAUUGUGGAAUGGGAGUGUUUUGGGACUGGAGGCGAGGAAGUGAGUCAAAUUGUGGGUUAUUUUGGUGGGUCGAUGAUGCUAGGAAGUUGGGAGGGUUUGGACGUUGUUUGGGGCCAGCGCAUGAUAGGAUUAGACUUGCAUGUUGUUGACUUUAUUCUGCAAAAUCCGUGCUACCGAGACCGAGCUUACGAACCCCGAAAUAUCACUAGUAUCAAACGGCAUCAUCCACGCUUUCCUCUUCCACUAUUAAUACCUGCCCUCACCCGUGGCUCCAUUGAUCACUCCCUCCUCAUCUUCACCUCACUCUCUCACCCUCCCAAAUAUGAUGCGAAAUCGCGUCCCUCAGAUACUUCCUCAGUAGACUAUAGUCUUCUUGGCAUUUUGCACUGGUGUAUGAGGCAUUCCCAGAGAUUUACAUGUAUACAAUCAACCCAUGUAUCAGUGGAACCCCGGCUGGGUUUCUGUUGUCUUCCAAUACUGUCGUACAUCUUGAUAUUGUGCACCCCAAAUAGCGGCGCAAAGUUGUCGCACAUUGCGAGUCGGUACUCGGGCGUUCAACGAAUCAAGCGCAUGCGGGAACGAGCUGGCUGUAGUGGGGCACCUGAAAAGAUAAUUCUCGAGAAAAGAGCACAAAAGAAUGCGUCAUUUUUCAAGGGAUGCAGUACCUUUUUAGUCAUGCUGGGUGAUGCAGUGACAUUAGUAAUUCUGUCUUCUCAAAUCGCUGUUGAGGGUGGUAGGAAAGUUGUGAGGGUUUGUCUGAUCCCUGAUGACACGGGGAUGCAACUCUCCGAAGAAUCUAUCAAGGGAAGGACUAGCUUCGGUGUUCUUCUGAGACUGAAGGAUUUGGAAUAUUGCAACCCAGCGUUCGGCUCUGCACUUAUUCCAGUACAUACGGCUAAAGUAGAACCGCAGGGAAGUCGGUGGGUGCUCUGUUCUCAUCAGCAUGGUAGGGAAAGACAUCCACGCGUAUCAAGGGCACGCCAUAGCUUUCAAAUGAUUCUCCCAGGAUGUGUUGCGCAUCCGUACGCUAAUCGAGACGGGCUACUCAUUUGGAUUACCAGGAUUGUGAAGAGCCCGCGACUGGUGGCACCGACUCCGGCGAAGUUAGCGCCAACUAGUUGCAAUGACCACAAGUGCAACGGAGAACACUUCACUACUUGUCUGCUAAGACAUGGAAAUUGUGAAAGUGGCUUUAAACCCCAGUUUGAAAGCGUCAUCUUAAACACCCGUUGGGCUCUGAUCAACCAGUUGGUGAAUAGGCCCGCUAGGUCAGCCGGUCGACGAUACGAACAUUUUUAUAGCCUUCUUAGUGUUAUUGCUGAAAAGUUUCCGCCGUCGCAUACGCUUUGGGCCAUAAUAUUGGAAGUAAAACCCAUCCUGCACCUUACCAACGUGGCUGUAAUUGCCGCCGCCAAAUCUAUCAAUGAAAAGAUGUCAUCAGGAGAAAAUGGCGAUCAAGAAGAGGGGUCUGCGCAUUCGCAAAUCAAGGAAUCGCGGCUGGACAGGAAGGUAGUCGUCGUCGAAGGCUUGUUCGAGGAGGAUGUCGAGAGGGAUGUCACAGUGCUGAGAUUGAACUUCAAGCCAGGAUCUUCUCACAGCCUCGUGGUUGGCCUAGCUUAG